AUGUUGGUCUUUACGAUUAAUAAUGCAAAGACUUUUUUGUUAUUUUUUUUAAUACCAUCAGUUUUUAUAUACAUUUGGUUAUGGUCACCUAUCUUUAAGGAUGAGGCAUUUACGCGAAUAAAGUCUUUAUUACAAAUAACAUUCAAUGAAACAACAAUUUCGGGUUAUAGUGACUUCCAGAUUGAUACUUGCAGUUUAUCUGAUCCAUCCAAAGAUUGUGGAUACUUUGGUAUAACGAAAGAAAAAUGUGAAGCGCGUUUUUGCUGUUGGAAACCUUCAAAUGAUAGUUGGUGUUUUUACAAAAAAGGUCCUGAAUAUACGUGUAAUGUUGAUCCUUCUACGAGGGUGGAUUGUGGAUACCUUGGAAUACAACAGGAUGAAUGUGAAAAUAAAUUGAAUUGUUGCUGGGAUCCACGGGAAGAUGCUAUUGGUGUAAAUUAUUGCUUUUAUAGAGCAAGACCUUGUAGUGGGUAUAAGGUUAUCAAUUCAAAAAAGACUAAAAAGUACAUAAGUGGUGAUUUGGAACUGAGGGGGGAGGGGUGCGGUAACUAUGGACCAGACCUGGAAAGACUUAAAUUCUUUGUUGAGCACCAAACUGCGAAUCGACUACAUUUAAAAAUAUUUGAUCCAACAAAAUCAAGAUAUGAGAUCCCUGAAGACAUUGUUCCAAUUUCGUCAAUCGAGCCAGUCCAAACAACCCAAAGUGAUUCUCUUUAUCAAUUCUCAUAUAAAACCGAUCCGUUUACAUUUUCGGUAGUGCGCACUUCAAAUCAGGAACAAAUAAUAAAUACUAAUGUAUCUGGAGUGGAUUCACUGGUGUUCGAGGACCAAUAUUUAGAAAUAACAUUCGAACUACCAGAUGAUCCUAAUAUAUUUGGACUCGGUGAAGUAGUUCGGCCUUUGCGAAGGGAUCCACGUGGUACUUUCCAAACAUUAUGGAAUAGAGACGCUGCAACACCUACUGAUGAAAACGUAUACGGUGACCAACCAUUUUAUAUGGAAAUACGAAAUGGCACUGCGCAUGGCGUGUUUUUACGAAAUUCUAACGGAAUGGAUGUGAUAAUCAUUCCAGGGAAUCCUUCUAAAUUGAAUUGGAAAGUGAUUGGAGGUGUGUUCGAUUUUUACUUCUUUCUUGGUCCAACUCCUGCAGAUGUGAUCGCACAAUAUACAGAGCUGGUAGGAAGACCUGCAUUACCACCAUAUUGGGCUCUCGGCUAUCAUCAAUGUCGAUGGGGAUAUCAUAAUGUAUCAACCCUCUAUAAUGUUGUUUCUGAAUUCCGCAAUCACAAAAUUCCUCUUGAAACAAUUUGGAACGAUUUGGAUUACAUGGAAGGAUUUAAAGAUUUUACUUGGAAUUCCAUAAAUUAUCCACGCGAAGAAAUUGCCAAAUUUGUAAAUAUAUUACAUGAGAAUGAUCAACAUUAUGUGGUCAUAGUUGAUCCUGGUAUAAAAAUUGAACAUGGAUAUUGGGCAUAUGAUGAGGGUGUCAAGAGAAACAUUUUUAUUAAAAAUGCAAGAGGAGAAAAUAUAGUCGGUCAAGUUUGGCCUGGAUUGACUAAUUUUCCUGAUUGGUUUAACAAAGAUACUGAAAAAUAUUGGGGGGAUGCUAUCGAGAAAUGGUUAUAUAAUGUUAAUGUUGACGGAUUAUGGAUCGAUAUGAAUGAGCCGGCAAGUUGGUGCAGAGGCGAAUGCACAGAUAUCAACAUUGCAGACCAAAUUUUGCCUUAUGGUCAAGCAAAUGAUCAGGAACUUAAUGAUAUUUUGAAUAACGGAUCUGGCUCGAUUACUUUCCCAGCCACUAUAAUGUAUAAUUCGAAUCUAAAUAAUCCACCAUAUAGGAUAGACAAUGGUGGCGCGAGAUUACCAUUAGAUUCACUUACGUUAUCUAUGGACGCACGACACGCAAAUGGAUUUCUAGAAUAUGAUGUACAUAAUUUGUAUGGGCAUAUGGAAGCGAUUACAACGUGGAAAGUAUGGACUAAAAGGUUUGGAAAAGGAAAGAGACCGUUUAUUAUCACGAGAUCAACUUUCGCUGGUACAGGAAAAUAUGCAGGGCAUUGGACAGGCGAUAAUUCAGCAAAAUGGGAUGAUUUAUAUUUGUCAAUACCUGGUAUUCUGAAUUUUCAAAUAUUUGGUAUACCUUUGGUUGGCGCAGAUAUAUGUGGUUUUAAUGGUGGUACUACCGAAGAGCUAUGUCUUAGAUGGAUGCAACUUGGAUCAUUUUAUCCUUUCAUGAGGAAUCAUAAUGCAUUAUUAGAAAGUUCUCAAGAACCAUAUAUUUGGCCAUCAGUAGCUGCAACGUCCCGCAGAUAUCUACGUAUUCGAUAUUCACUCCUUCCAUAUUACUACACACUCUUCUAUGAAUCCCACACGUAUGGUUCCAUGGUCCUACGACCUCUGUUUGUUGAAUAUCCGCAUAUUAAGUCAGCAUUAGUAGUUGAUAAGCAAUUUAUGCUUGGAGGAGGAAUAUUAGUCUCACCUGUAUUGUUACCACAAAAGUUUGAAGUGAAAGAUGCUUACAUACCACCUGGAAUAUGGUAUAAUUUUUAUUCACACAACGUAAGUUUUGAAGUUCAUGAUGAUUCAGGCAUAUACACUGAUAUCAAAGCACCUUUAAAUGAGAUGCCAAUACAUUUAAGAGGCGGGCACAUUAUACCAAUGCAACGCCCCAGAAUGACUACAGCGCAAAGCAGGAAGACGAAUUAUUAUCUGAUAAUUCCAUUGGAUGAGAAUAAAAGUGCCAAAGGAACUUUGUAUUUUGAUGAUGGUGAAAGUUUAGAUGUCAAAGACAAGUAUACUUACAUCUCAUAUACAGUAUAUAAUCAAAGUACUUUAAUUACAGAUGUUAAUUGGUGUGGAUACGAUAAUGGUAUUAUAUUAGAUAAAAUUAUAAUUCUAGGAAUUAAUAGGGUCGCAAGUGAUGGAAUCGUCUUAAAGAGAAAAGUUAACAGAGUUAUACUGAAUGGAAUUGAGAUUGAGAUGAAAGAGAGUGAAAAUAAGAACAUUUUUAUUGAUAUUGGUGAUAUUGAUUAUAGUGAUAAUGAUGAUAUCGACACUAGUGAUGGCAGUCUAUGGGUAAUUGAUGAUAUGGGAACGUUAACUUUCUUUGGAUUACAAUUAAGUAUGUGUCAUGGAUGGAAUUUGACAUGGGUUUUAGAAUAA